AUGACAACUCAGUUUCGACGUGAUGGUCAUAAAUUUAUUCCAAUAGAAAUAGAAGAAAAUAAUAUAUAUCCUGGAGUUCUUAAGAUUCUACAUGAAAUCAGGCCGGAGUGGCCCCAGGAUAAAAUAAAUUUUAAGCUUUUUACCGACGGAAUUACUAAUAAAUUAGUGGCCUGUGAAAUACGUGAUAAAACAGACAAGAGUGACAACAUAGUAUUAGUUCGCAUUUAUGGAAAUAAAACCGAUUUAUUAAUUGAUAGAACUGCUGAAGUAAGAAACAUUACUAGACUUCAUUCACUUAACUUAGCACCAGAGAUUUAUGGAGUAUUUAAAAAUGGGCUUGCUUAUGAAUAUUAUCCUGGGAUGACCUUGACUGUUGAUAGUGUGACUGAUGUCAAAAUUGCUGCUUUAGUAGCUAAACAGAUGGCUAAAAUGCAUAAAGUUGAAUUAAAUACAGAUAUUAAAAAAGAACCAAUGAUAUGGGAUAAAAUCGAACAGUUUCUAUGUUUAGUGCCAGAACCAUUUACGGAUCCAACAAAACAAACAAGAUUUGCGAAUAGAUUCGGAACAAUAGCGAGACUGCGGAUAGAGUUUGAAAGGCUAAAAUCGCACUUAAUAAAGACAGAGAGCCCGAUAGUGUUUGCUCACAAUGAUUUGCUUCUAGGAAACGUGAUCCACAAUGAAUCUAAUGGGACUGUAUCAUUUAUAGACUAUGAAUAUGCGGCCUAUAAUUAUCAAGCUUUUGAUAUAGCAAAUCAUUUCAACGAGUUUGUUGGAUUGUCUUUGGACGACAUUGACAAUAAUAGAUACCCGAAUAGAGAGUUUCAAAUGUUUUGGAUCGAGACGUAUUUAAACGAAUAUUUAGAUACAAGAGAUGAAGAUGUAAUCAAAUCAAAAGCCGAAGAAAUAUAUAUAGAAGUUCAAAAGCUAUCGCUGGCGUCGCAUUUUAUGUGGGGCAUAUGGUCGCUUGUCCAAUUUGAGCAUUCCAGUAUUGAUUUUGAUUUUGGCAGAUAUGCUGACAUUCGUCUAAGCAGAUACUUUGAACUUAAAGACACAAUGCGUUUGAUCUAA